AUCUCCUCCCCGGUUUGUGCGCCAUGAUGCAUGCGGUGAGGAGAGUGUGUACCGGGGCCUUGAAGGCCUCAAAAGCCUCCUUUCAAGCUCCAAAUGCGCAACAAACUGCUUUAAGAACAUUACCAGCAUGGCUUUCGACACGAAACUAUGCAUCAGAAACCCAGGCCAAGCCCAAGGCAGGGGCUGCUGCUGGGAAGGUGGUGGCAGUCAUUGGUGCUGUGGUGGACGUCCAGUUUGAGGAAGGCUUACCUCCCAUCCUCAAUGCCCUUGAGGUGGAGAACAGAAAACCCAGACUGAUUCUGGAAGUUGCACAACAUUUAGGUGAAAAUACUGUAAGAACUAUUGCCAUGGAUGGUACAGAAGGCCUGGUGCGAGGAAACAUCUGUAAUGACAUUGGCUCUCCCAUCCGAAUUCCUGUUGGCCCAGCCACGUUAGGUAGAAUUAUGAACGUCAUUGGUGAACCAAUUGAUGAGAGGGGUCCUAUAACCACAGAUAAAUUUUUAGCUAUUCAUCAAGAAGCUCCAGAAUUUGUGGAGAUGAAUGUAGCUCAGGAAAUUUUAGAAACUGGUAUCAAAGUUGUGGAUCUCCUGGCUCCAUAUGCUAAGGGAGGAAAAAUCGGUCUGUUUGGAGGCGCUGGUGUGGGCAAAACUGUGCUGAUUAUGGAGCUCAUCAACAAUGUGGCCAAAGCCCAUGGUGGCUACUCCGUGUUCGCCGGAGUAGGGGAGAGAACUCGUGAAGGCAACGAUCUGUACCACGAGAUGAUCAUGUCUAAAGUCAUCAGUCUCACAGACGACACCUCCAAGGUAGCGCUGGUGUACGGUCAGAUGAAUGAGCCCCCUGGAGCGCGUGCCCGUGUCGCCCUGACUGGACUGACUGUGGCUGAGUAUUUCCGCGACCAGGAGGGACAGGAUGUGCUACUCUUCAUUGACAACAUUUUCAGAUUCACACAGGCUGGCUCAGAGGUAUCUGCCCUGUUGGGUCGUAUUCCAUCUGCUGUGGGUUACCAGCCCACAUUGGCUACAGACAUGGGUACCAUGCAGGAGAGGAUUACAACAACCAGGAAGGGAUCAAUCACAUCUGUACAGGCUAUCUACGUGCCGGCUGAUGACUUGACAGAUCCGGCCCCGGCUACAACAUUCGCUCACUUGGACGCCACCACUGUCUUGUCCCGAGGUAUCGCAGAGUUGGGUAUCUACCCUGCCGUCGAUCCCCUGGAUUCCACGUCUCGUAUUCUUGACCCCAAUGUGGUGGGCGAGGAACAUUAUGGAGUGGCCAGAGGUGUACAGAAAAUAUUGCAGGACUACAAGUCCCUGCAGGACAUCAUUGCUAUCCUUGGUAUGGACGAGCUGUCGGAGGAUGACAAGCUGACCGUGGCCAGAGCCAGAAAGAUACAAAGAUUUCUCUCCCAACCCUUCCAAGUGGCCGAGGUCUUCACAGGCUCAGAGGGCAAACUCGUGCCUCUCAAGGAAACCAUCAAGGGAUUCCAGAUGAUCCUCAGAGGAGAGCUUGACCAUCUACCAGAGGUUGCCUUCUACAUGGUUGGCCCCAUCGAGGAGGUGGUAUCCAAGGCAGAAAGGCUAGCAGAUGAGCAGUCAUAAACAUAUGGACCUUAGCUCGUGUACAAAUCUGUGUCAUUUGACUAGCUGUUCUCCCACAUGAUCUAAUCAGGAUUUCUGUGCAUUCUCUUGGACAUUUUGACAGUUGAGUCGUUUUUAUGAUCUGCAGACUCGUGAAAAGUGCAUCAUCCCAACUGUGCUAUGUUAGUUUGUCAGUGUAACCAUUUAUUGCAGAAUUUUUUGCUGUAGAUAAUAUUUAAUGGUUUGUGAUAAUUCGUACUGUUGGUUUAUUAUACCAAAUUGUAAACCAACGCGACAAAAAUAUUAAAAAAAAAAAAUUGAACAACA